AUGGUCAACCCGGCAAGCUUAAAAAAAGACGAGAAGUUGGCUAUCGAGCUGAACAAGCACAACUUGAAGCAGGCCGCCACCCAACAAGCUUCUGGAUCCAAUCCAUCUGUUAACGCAAGCAAAUUCAAUCCCAUCAACAUUCUUGCCAACAAGAUCUAUGCGACUCACCCGCCGAACGUCAAAUACCAGCCUAAGUUGCCGGUCUUCAUUCAUCCAACCGAUUGCAAUCAAUACAUUCCCUUAACUGCUGGAACUGAUAUGAAGUUUGAAAAGCUGUCUUCUGCAAAGAAGCGUAAGCUCAACGAGGGGUCAAGCCACCAGACUAAGAGCCCGGAGCCAGAUUCUGAAAGCGAUUCUGUUAUCGAUCUUGGAGUCAACUUACUCAACAAGUACCUUGAAUUCGUCAAGAUUCCACCUGGCGACAGUGAUGGAAUCUUGCAAAUUCUCACUGAGAACAAAGCGACCAAUCCCCAACUUUUCCGAUCCAAAAACAUCACCCAAGAAGUGAUGAAAGAAUGGGGCUUACAUGACGUUUUCAUUGCCCAAUUACAAGACAAUGUGUUAAAAUUUGAAAAACAAACGUCUUCAAACUAG